UAGUUGAUAUCUCUCGGGUGGUUCGGGGAGCUUUUCAACGUCACGGCUUUCUCGGGGAGCAUUAUACUGACGCGCUCGAUGACUGCAUCUGUUGUUCGAGCGGACUGAGCGUAUCGGGAUGGAACGUGGCGGAGGAAUUGCGGGCAUUAUACUGGAAAUAAUGAAAAAUACUCUCCCCUGGCAACUUUACUAGGCACGGUGCGCAACCGAGGGACGCGGCCCAGAUAGAUAUCUCGGAGGCGAUGAGAAAGUCGGCGAGCGUACUCUCACGCAAGGAGACAGGCUUGGAGACAUACGAGAGACUGUUGGCUCUUUGCCCGAUCGACUUCCACGGACGAUCCUCAAAUAGCGACUCUGCGAUGCGUUCACUCCAAUUCUCCUUAUUUUCUCACCCCGGCUGGCGGGUGUGGCGUACCCCCCGGAACAUCGCAUCCUCUUCGGUCACUCUUUUAAACUCUCUCGGCCUUUCUCUGGAAUCUCCCCCCUUCUUUUCCGUGUCUCUAGCCCGCCAGUGCACCGCAGACAGACGUCUGCUUUCCUCUCUUCGCUCUCUCCGUUGAUCGAUUUGCAAGCGGUGACAUAGACCACCACCCGCUCGCUCCCUAUUUUACCCCUUCUCUCCGUCCACCCGUGCUUC